GAAGUUAUCUACUGCCCUCUCGUUCUGUCACUUCCUGGUCCUGAUCACGAAGGGAACAUAGACACAUCCCUGACAACUGCGACUCCCCACAUUUACCUUCCGGUUUCAGUUGGCGUUGCGUGAGCGGUCGCUGUGUGAGACCUACUAUGGCGGCCAGCUCUAUAGAAACAGAUGAACAAGCACGGAUUAGAUUCCAGCUGGAGUUGGAAUUUGUUCAGUGUUUGGCAAAUCCCAAUUACCUUAACUUCCUAGCACAAAGGGGAUACUUCAAGGAGAAGCCGUUUGUGAACUAUCUGAAAUACCUGCUAUAUUGGAAGGAUCCUGAGUAUGCUAAAUAUUUAAAGUACCCGCAGUGCUUGCACAUGCUGGAGUUGCUGCAGUAUGAACACUUCCGCAAGGAGUUGGUAAAUGCUCAGUGUGCCAAGUUUAUUGAUGAACAGCAAAUCUUACAUUGGCAGCACUACUCUCGCAAACGAGUGAGACUGCAGCAUGCCCUGACAGAGCAGCAGCCGCAGAACAACACCAUUGGGAAAUGACGCACUAACCUGAGCCUUAUUCAGGCUGGUAUCCCACAAUGCACCGCACACUGUCACAGGGUGCAAAGACUGGGCGCUGCCCUGUAAUCUGUAGUGUGGGAAUACAUCUACCAUGAGCAUACAAUGUGGAUGUUUAGAUAUGAGAGCGCACCUAAACAUUUGAUAGAGCUUGUUCAUGUCAGGAAACUGGUUUGUAGUACAUGGAUUUAAUGUUACCCUCCCUCCUUCUAUGCUUUACAUUGUACUAUGGAGUGAAUGUAAUGGGGCCGUGCAGUACAGUACUUACAGUGGCACAUAACCGUUUUCUGGAUCUAAUUGUGAUGCCCAGUUGGAACCUAACACAGAUUAUCUUUCAAGUUAUUUAUGCCAUUGUAAAUCAGUAAUGGGCAUCCAGAGGACAGAUUCCUGUCUCAUAUACAUCUUAACAGACAUUUCCUAUGAUCAUGUGAAUACUGUACCAGAAAACUACGUCUAAGCGCAUGUAUAGGCCUAAACACCUAUAAAGAUGUGUGUAGGACACUGUGGUAAUAAUCCCAAAUGUCUGAGUGCAUUAAUUCAGUAGCGGCCAUGUGGUUUAUAGUCAUAUAUUUGGUGAUCAUGAAAUGUUGCUACUUGUUACAGAGACAAAUGUUCCCGCAUCAAAUCUAAUUUGUGUUUUGUGAAUAUUCAGUUUUCUAUUUUCAUCUUUGAAAUUUUUUUUGCACUUUUUAUGUAAAAAUAAAACUCUUUUUUUUACGUAA